GGUGCCGCUUUAAGGAGGGCCAGGUCACGUGGGACGUCAACAGGUCCAGGUGCAGGUCCAGGUCCAGGUCCAGGUGCAGGUCCAGGUCCAGGUCUGAGCCUUUGUGUCGGAUUUCAGACGGUGUUCGUCAUGUUCCCUGUGGACCUGCUGUCAGUGGACCACACUGACCUGACCUCAGCGGCCCAAAACUAUCUGUCCACUCUGGAGUCCAGAGCCGGCGCUGAAGAGUGGUUUCGGUCCUCAGCAACUUCAAAGGUUCGUGUAACUCCACAGAACAUCCGGCAUCUUCAGCUGUUUGACCGACCCAAGUGUGUCCUGUUGGCUCUUCAUCAGUCAGACGAUCCCACACAAGUGGUGGCCGUGUACCUGCCUGACAGGUGGUGGGCUGUGGACGAUGUCCUGAGGACGUCCAACGCAUCUAGAAGUGGUUUCCAGUCGGUGCAGUCGGUGAUGGAGCGGGUUGUGGUGUUCCUGCUCAGUCAGGUGGUGGACAGGCCUUUACAGGAGGAGGUGCACUUCUACCCCCACCCCCCCACCGAGACCUGCAAACUACUGUGGAGAGAAGGAGAGGCAGUCGGCUUCUACAGCGUCAAACACAAAGGCAGUCUGUGUGACGGUUGGAGCAGCCGGUGUUACCAGUUAACGGUUCUGGACACGCUGUUGGUGAGGAGGCGCUGCAGGAGGAGCGGCCUGGGCCUUCACAUCCUGGACCACUUCUGCAACACAUUCUACUCUGAGACGUUGGGAGUCAGCGCUCCACUAUCAGCCAGCAUGGUGUCAGUUUGCAGACGGUUCCUCCACAGACACACAGAACACAGAGAACGUCUGUAUGAGGUGGAGGCUCCUGGAGGAUGGGCUCAGAGACGCAACAUCUGGAUCAACAUCCAACUGGGACGCUACGCCCAUGGUAUUAAUAAAGACAUCAGUUUAAUAUCAGCAGAAACGGAGCAGAAGGAAGAGGACGACUCAUCUGAGCAGGUUCUGACUGGAGCAGAUGACGCCCACCUCCUCAACAGCUCCGUGAUAAAUUCAUCAGAACAGUUUGAAGUGUGUGGUCGGAGCCCAGAUGGAGGCUCCCUGAGCUCCAGGUUCUGUGGAACAGGAUGUGGAGCUCCAGCCCACGCUGAUGAUCUGGACGCGGACGUCCCACUGCAACACCAGCCAAGUCCCACAACACCAAGAGGAGGGGGGUCAAACGAGUCCACCCUGCAGAGGACACG